CGGCAGAGGGCGGCGGUGUUGCCGGGUGACGGGCCGCGGGAGAGCGGUCCGGGGCUCGGCCUCUCCGGGUCUGCAGAGGCACAUCCAGCUUCCCUGCUCAGCCUUGGGAAGAGUCAGGACCAGACCUGGAAUCAGGGGAGCUCCCAACAGUUCCUCACAGGAGCCAUUCCUGUGUCCCUCUGCUUCCAGCAGCUCCUCACAGGAGCCUCCCCUAUGGACCCUGGCUUCCAAAACACCACUGUGCAUUGAGAUGGAACUGAAGUGGAAUCCUGGAAGAGUUUCUCAUCUGGCCUCAGCUGCAGUACAGGUGACUGACUUGAGUUGGCAAGGCAACCUAAAUCCCAGUCCACUGGUUAAAGAUGAUGGAGAGCUGCUUAUGGAUGAAUACCUUUCCCCUAGGAAAUUGAAAGUUUUGACAGGGGUGGAUGAUCUGCAGCAAGUGAAGACCCUAGAGAUGCGAGUGGAUACCAGAGAGAACACCUUGGGAAGCUUUGGUGCCUAUCUACCUAAUUUGAGAGAAUUGAAGUUGAACCAUAGCUUGCUUGUGUCUGUGAGGGAUCUUGGAACCACAUUGUCUCAUCUCAGUGUCCUGUGGAUGGCUCACUGUGGGCUCUCAGAUUUAGAUGGGAUCUCUUCCUGCAGCUCUCUCAAGGAACUCUACAUAGGCCACAACAAUAUCUCUGACCUGAGCCAGCUGAUCUUGUUGGAUUACCUGGAGGUUUUGGACCUGGAAGGGAACAAUAUUGAGGACAUCAACCAGAUGCAGUACCUGGGACUUUGUUCCAAGCUGAGACGCUUGACAGUGGAGGGCAACCUCAUCUGUCUGAAGCCAACUGCAGAAUCUGCAGAGGAACCAGAUUAUAAUUACAGACUCGAAGUGAAAAAACUCAUUCCUCACUUGGAGUAUUUGGAUGAAAUACCAGCAAGCCAGACUGCUCUCCUUCCUUCCAAAAAGAUGCAUGAGGGUUGGCUGACCAUCAAGGAGUCCAUCAAGGAAGGUGCUUUAGCUGGAGACAUUUCAUGGUUAGAUCCCACUGUUCCUGAUGAACUGGUUCCAGAGGAUGACUCCAGUUAUUUGACACAUGGACUCAGUCAAGUUAUAUGUGGGAACCCCACCAAGGCCCUUUGUGCAAGGAGGCAAAAGUUAGGUCCACCUGCAGUGAGGCCUUUGAAACUCUGUGGUCUGAGGACAGAAAACCUUUAUGGCUGUGGAGGAGGAAGAGAAGAUCUGCACCAGGAAGAUCCAUUCUCCAAACUGAGCAUGCAGAGAAAGCAGCAGAAGUGGUGCCUGCAAACAUCCCAGCAAGAAAAAGCUGCCCAAGCACUGAAAGUGCCUCUUGUUGGUGAGGAAGAGAGUGAAGAAUGCAGCCUGCCUGGCAGCUGUGAAGAUGAGUUGAGAGAGACCUGUGAGAAGGACCUCAUUGAAAGGAUUUCUCUUGAGUCUUCUGGCCACUCCUGUCUCUCCCAGUCUUCCUCAGGUUCAUCACAGGCUCAGAAAGGUGCAGUGUCCUCCAACCUGAACCACUGCCUAAUUCCAUCCCCUCCAAAGUGUCCUUCACCUGCAUCUCUAGCAGGUGUUGCAGCAAGACCCUGGAAAAUGAGGAACCAGAGGGUAAGAUGCCUGAAAACACCCAGCCAAGAGGAGGAUGGGCAGUGGACACAGCAAUGCCAGUCCAGGGCUCAUGGAGAAGUUUUGUCCCAGCCUCUGGGUAAGGAAGUUGCUUUGCUGAGCCAGCACAGCAUCCUGACUGCCUCUGCAUCCACAGGGCUGCACAAACCUGGCAGCACCAGCCAGCAAAGGCCUGCUUCAGGACCAGAAAACGUGGGGUCAACAAGCAUCAGGUAUGCAGACUGCCAGCAGUGUGUCUGAGGAGAACAGAAGGGAAGGAAGGAAAAAGAAGACUCCUGUAUUGUCUCUGGAGUCUCCUCUCAGUUCUAUAAAAAGACACCUUUUAUGUGUGCUGACAUUUACCUUUGAUGUCUAACA